AUGGCACCUCAGAAUCCAAGCGUUGUUCUUUAUGGCAAAGGCGAUAUCCGUAUUGAAGAUCGACCUAUACCCGUACCAAAACCAAAUCAAUUACUUGUGAAAGUUCAUACUGUUGGUAUUUGUGGUUCAGACGUACAUUAUUACACGCAUGGUUCCAUUGGUAGAUUUGUCGUUAGAGAACCAAUGGUACUAGGACAUGAAACUAGUGGAAUCGUCGUUGGAAUGGGAUCUGAUGUCAAAGGGUUCGCUGUUGGCGAUCGCAUAGCACUCGAACCUGGAAUUCCUUGUCGACAAUGUGAAUUUUGCAAAACUGGUCGGUACAACCUUUGUCCAGAUAUGGUUUUUUUUGCAACUCCGCCAGUGAAUGGCUCACUUGCUCGCUAUAUUGUUCAUGAUUCGGACUUCUGUUUUAAGCUUCCUGAUAAUGUUACAAUGGAAGAAGGAGCCCUUAUGGAACCAUUAAAUGUCGCAAUUCAUUCUUGCCGACGAGCAAAUCUUGUUGCUGGUCAAACACUGCUUGUGCUUGGUGCAGGCCCAAUUGGAUUGCUGAACAUAUUAACAGCGAAAGCGAUGGGCGCAGCUAAAGUAUAUGCAACAGACAUUAUGGAAGCCCGUUUGAAACUCGCAAAGGAAAUUGGUGCAGAUGGUGUUUUUAACGUAAAAAAUAAAAGUCCAGCAGAUGCAGCAAAGGAAAUUAUUAAAAGCAUUGGAUUUCAACCAGAUAAUGUUAUUGAAUGCACUGGUUUUGCUGCUAGUAUUGAAGUUGGUAUAACGACGGUGAAAAAUGGUGGAACGAUAGUUUUGGUCGGUCUUGGUGCAGAUCGCGUUGAAAUGCCAAUCGUUGAGGCAACAUGUAAAGAAAUCGAUCUUCGUGGAAUCUUUCGCUAUGUCAAUUGCUACCCAACGGCUAUCGAAAUGGUAGCAUCUGGACGUCUUAAACUAGAUAAACUGACAAGAGCUCAUUUCAAGUUUGAAGAUUCAGUUAAAGCAUUCGAGAAAUCAUCAACUGGAGACGUCGUCAAAGUCUUUAUUCAUUAUGAUGAAUCGUCCUAA